AUGGAGGAAAAAAGAAUUAACAAAAGGCAGAAACAAGAUGAAGAGAAUCCUUAUCUUUCACAUAUAAAAAUGAACAAUUUUCAAACAAAAUCUAAUAUUUAUUCAAAUAAUUACAAUUUUUUAUGGGAAAAUUUUAAAAAACAUCAAUCUACAGCAGAACAAGCACUAAAAAUAGAGGAAGGGCCUAUUAAUCCAUUUAGUGGUAUAGAGUUUAGUGACAAGUAUUUUGGCAUAUUAAAAAGACGAAGACAGCUACCUGUUCAUACACAAAGAAAUGAGUUCCUUAAAAUAUUUCAUUCUACUCAAAUUCUUGUUUUUGUAGGAGAAACAGGCUCUGGAAAGACAACACAAAUCCCUCAGUUUGUACUUUAUGACGACUUGCCGCAUCUGAAUGGUAAACAAGUAGCAUGUACUCAACCACGAAGGGUGGCAGCAAUGUCGGUAGCAAAGCGAGUUUCAGAUGAAAUGGAUGUUGUUUUAGGAGAACAAGUAGGGUAUAGCAUUCGGUUUGAGGACUGUACAAGCCAUAAAACAAUUUUAAAGUAUAUGACAGAUGGAAUGCUCCUUCGUGAGGCUAUGAACGAUCAUCUUUUAUCUCGAUACUCAUGUAUCAUUUUGGACGAAGCACAUGAAAGAACAUUAGCAACAGAUAUAUUGAUGGGGCUAAUGAAAGAAAUGUCACGAAAAAGACCUGAUUUAAAAAUUAUCAUUAUGUCAGCUACAUUAGAUGCACAAAAAUUUCAACACUAUUUUUUUGAUGCACCUUUAUUAGCUGUUCCUGGUAGAACUCAUCCUGUAGAAGUUUACUAUACGCAAGAACCAGAAAGAGAUUACCUUGAAGCAGCUUUGAGAACAGUUUUACAAAUUCAUAUAGAAGAAGAACCAGGUGAUAUAUUACUUUUCCUUACAGGAGAAGAUGAAAUUGAAGAUGCAUGUCGAAAACUUGCUAUAGAAGCAGAUGAAAUAAGCAGAGAAACAGAAUUGGCACCUAUGAAAGUAUAUCCUCUUUAUGGAACACUUCCUCCUCAACAACAGCAAAAGAUUUUUGAACCAGCUCCUCCUCCACGAAAAGAAGGUGGUAAACCAGGGAGAAAAGUGAUUGUAUCUACAAAUAUUGCAGAAACAUCUUUAACUAUUGACGGCAUUGUUUAUGUAGUCGAUCCAGGAUUUAGUAAACAGAAAGUUUAUAAUCCAAGAAUCAGAGUUGAAUCUUUACUUGUUAGUCCUAUUAGUAAAGCUAGUGCGGACCAAAGAGCAGGAAGAGCAGGAAGAACACGACCAGGAAAGUGCUUUAGACUUUAUACAGAACAGGCUUAUAAAAAAGAAUUACAAGAACAAACAUACCCUGAAAUUUUGCGCAGUAAUUUAGGCAAUACUGUUUUAGAACUUAAAAAGUUAGGCAUAGAUGAUUUAGUUCAUUUUGAUUUUAUGGAUCCACCUGCACCAGAAACAAUGAUGAGAGCUCUUGAAGAACUUAAUUAUCUUGCAUGUUUAAAUGAUAAUGGUGAUCUUACGGCUUUGGGAAGAAUGGCUUCAGAAUUUCCAUUAGAUCCCUCAUUAGCAGUUAUGCUUAUUGGAAGUCCAGAAUUUUAUUGUUCAAAUGAAAUUCUUUCUUUAACUGCACUUCUCUCUGUUCCAAACGUAUUUAUGAGACCAAGCACUGCGAAGAAGCGUGCAGAUGAAAUGCGUCAGGUCUUUGCUCAUCCAGAUGGUGAUCACUUGACUCUUUUAAAUGUUUAUCAUGCCUAUAAAGGUGUCAAUGGAGAUGCAAAUUGGUGUUAUGAACAUUUUCUUUCACAUCGAUCUUUACAAAGUGCAGAUAAUAUUAGAGCACAGUUGAAACGUACCAUGGAAAAAAAUGAUAUUGAUCUUGUUUCCACUCCAUUUGAUGACAAAAAAUAUUACGAUAAUAUUCGUCGAGCACUCGUAAGUGGUUUUUUUAUGCAAGUAGCAAAAAAGUCGCAAUCUGAUAAAAAUUAUUUAACAGUUAAGGAUAAUCAACCAGUUGGAUUACAUCCUUCAACAGUACUAAAUCAUACACCUGAAUGGGUUGUAUAUAAUGAAUUUGUUUUAACAUCAAAAAAUUAUAUUCGAACUGUAACGUCUAUUAAACCUGAAUGGCUUUUAGAAAUUGCUCCAAUUUAUUACAAUAUUGAUGAAUUCCCUACUGGCGAUAUAAAAACUUCUUUACAAAGAGUCCAACAAAGACGUCUUAGAGCAGUUGCACUUGCAAGACGCAAUGCUAGAUAA